AUGUCUGCAAGUUCGGAAUAUGGAAAAGAUUUUGAAAAUAAAUCAAAUCUUUUCAUUCACAAAGAAAUCCACAACGAUGACCAUCCAGAGCACAAAGGAAAAAAGUCAUACUCAUGUUCAGAAUGUAAGAAAACGUUUACUGUGAAAUCACGUUUUUUUAAACAUCUUGAAAUUCACACAGUGAAGAAGCCAUAUUCAUGUUCAGAAUGUGCAAAGUGGUUUAAUCGUAAAGAUAAUCUUGAGAAACAUAUGAGAAUUCACACAGGAGAGAAGCCAUAUUCAUGUAGAGAAUGUGAGAAAAAAUUUACUUUGAAGGCAAAUCUUGUUGAACAUAUAAGAGUUCACACAGGGGAGAAGCUAUUUUCAUGUCUUGAAUGUAGUAAAUGUUUUAGUCUAAAAUCAACUCUUGAGGUACAUCAGAGAAUUCACACAGGAGAGAAACCAUUUUCAUGUCACGAAUGUGAAAAAUGUUUUACUGAUAAACCAGGUCUUGUAAAACAUCAGAGAAUUCACACAGGAGAGAAGCCAUUUUCUUGUCCUGAAUGUGAGAAGUGUUUUACUCGUAAAUCAAAUCUUGAGAAACACCAAAGAAUUCACACAGGAGAGAAGCCAUUUUCAUGUACUGAAUGUGGGCAAUGUUUUAUUAUUAAAUCCAAACUUCUGAUGCAUCGGAGAACUCAUACAGGGGAGAACCAAUUUUCAUGUCCUGAAUGUGCAAAAUGUUUUAGUCAGAAAUCAAGUCUCGAGAUACAUCAGAGAAUUCACACAGGAGAGAAACCACUUUUAUGUCUUGAAUGUGGCAAAAGUUUUAGAGAAAAAUCAAGUUUUGUGAAACAUCAGAGAAUUCACACUGGAGAGAAGCCAUUUUCAUGCCGUGUGUGUGAGAAGAGUUUCGGUCAAAAAUCAAGUCUGGUGAGACACCAGAGAAUUCACACAGGAGAAGAGCCAUAUUCGUGUACUGAAUGUGGGAAGCAUUUUACUACGAAAUCAAGGCUCAUGAAUCAUCAAAGAAUUCACACAGGAGAGAAACCAUAUUCAUGUACCGAAUGUGGGAAAUGUUUUACUGAAAAAUCACAUCUGGUGAAACAUCUGAGAGUUCACACAGGAGAGAAGCCAAAUGCAUGUACAGAAUGUGGGAAAUGUUUUAGCCAUAAAUCAAGUCUUUUGAAACAUCAGAGAAUUCACGAGGUAGAAGAUUUGUGUGUGUAAAGUCUACAGAAUAACUACCA